CAAGGCUUAUGACAAGAUUUUUAACUCCUGUUAAGUUGGGACAGGAAUUAUACAUCUCAUCGUCGUCGUAAUGUCCUCAGGGAUAACUCAUGAAAUUGAGUUUAAUGGAAGCCACAGAUCGUUCUCGUCCGAUGAUUCUUCGUCUCUUUGCUCCGUUGAUUUGGGUCUAGGAUUCGGCUUAAAACCGGGCGGGUUGCCACGAUGCGAGGACGAUUCGAUUGGCACCGAAUUAGAGAUACUUGACUUGUUUCAGGCUUUCACAGAAGAUACAACACAGUCCGAAGAAACUCGAGAAAAAUGCCAGCACCGAUCGAAGCCGUUUACAUGGAGAACCAGUUUGCAGGAGAGUGUAGAACAAUUAAAAGAAAUGAAGGGUGGGAUAAGUCGGAUCUCCAAAUGGAGUUUGAAAAACUUGCCAAAGAGAAGUUUUUCUCUCAAGUUAAGGAACAGAUCAAGCAGCGAAAGUACACCCAAUGACGGCCAUAAAGGUUGUAAAGGAAAGGCUCGUGGAUUAAGGCGGAUAAAUUCUGCGAGAGAAAGGAGAUCAGUAGUUGAUGAUGACGAGUAUCAUGCCCUUCAAGGCAAACUUUUGAAAGCCAAACAAGAAAUUGAGAAUUUAACUUUGGAUUUAGAAGUAUGUCAGCAGCAGCUACAGAGUAAAUAUGGUGCUGUUAAAAUUAUCCAAAGUCUGUCACGUUUGGAACAAGCACAUCAAAAACAGUGUUCAAGGAAAGCAUUGGAAGCAAGCAAGAAACUUCAGCAGGAGGUGAAUUUUCUUCAGUGGGAGCUAGAACUGAAACAGAGUUACUUGCUUGACAAUGAACAAACAUGGGCCGAGAGGUUUGAUAGGGUUGCUACAGAAAAUGCUGCUCUGAUGGUCACCCUCCAGACAAGAUCAGAAGAACUAAGGAAAGUUGCAAUGGAGAAAAUGACUCUCAUGCGUGAUCGUGAUGAGCUAGCUGCUGCUUUGGAAGUUAGAGACAGAAUCAAAUAUGAUUUGAGCACUCCAGAGAGGGAAGAAAUCUUGUCCACUGGAGAUCUGAUUGUUGAGCUUGCAACUCUGGGUGCAUGUCAGUGUAGAGGAAAAAAGCAAGAGCCCUGUGCAUGUGCCAGGGCGGCAGUGGACGCCAAAAGAGACAAGGCAAAACUCAAACAUGAGCUCGAACUUGUGCAGCGAAGGGAAGAAGAAGCUCUUCUCGCUGCUGAUGCAUACCGUGUCGCAUUUGAACAACAACUGGCCAAGAAUUCUACACUUAUCUAUGAACUAAUGAAGAGAUCUAGCUGGAGAAAGAAGUUUGGGUUUGGCGGGAAACCAAAGACAUUAACAAAAGGGGAAAACGGGGUGAAAUGUGACCAGAAGGAGAUAGUUUGUCAGGUCAACACAUACAAAGAUGAAAUUGUAGAGACUCUUUUGGGCAUGCUCCAUGACAACAGUGAAGCGCUAGCGCACCAGAGACUUGCCACAAAAAUGUUGGCGGCAAAAAUGAAAGGAAUGGAGAAAUGCAAUAACUGUGGAUCGUUACCAGCUACAUGAAAGUAUUCAUAAAAAUAUGCGAUAGGUGUACUUACCUUUCUGAGAAAUUCAUGCGUCGAUGAGUUCGGAGCUUCAACAUUCCUCCCCAGUAACCCCCUCCCCCAGGCAUUUGAACUUUACAAGAUUGGUUGGUUCAGAUUCCCGCCUCCUGGACCGAAACUGCGUUCAAAUACCCUACUCAAGCACAAGUUUUGUUAUUAAAGGAUUCUUUGUGUGAAUAACGAUUGUUGUAGAAUUUAGCAAAGUUGCGCAUUAGUUUUUAGUGCUGCUGUUGGGUUUUUCGUGGGUUAGCUGGGAGGGGGGGGGAAGGGGUGUGGAAGCCUAGAAUGGAUUGGUGCAUUAUUUUUAUGAGAGGUGCUCUACUUCAAUGUUCAAAUUAUUGUACGGAAAACAAAGAUAGUUACGUGAUCUCAACUGAAUCUGGACGGAAGAGGAUUCCAGUUUCAAUUCUGUAGUCUUAGUGCAAACUAACCUCACUCAACAGGAGAAAAUUACAAAGAAAGAAUUUAUUUAAUGUACAAAAAAGCUGAAUUUGUCUCAGAAUAUCGAGAAAAAGAAUAUUUUAAGCGGUAUUUUUCGGAAUGUGUUUAUUGUAAGUUUUUAUUUAUUUAUUUAUUGACUUUGUAAAUGGGUUUUUAGCAAGAAAGGGAAUGUUUUACUCAGGUGUUACGCAGUUCUUAUGGUUGGAGUGCUGUUUAAAGAAAAGUGCAGUCUAUCUUUUCGCUUCCAAAAAGGGUCACUAACAACCAACGCUUGAGGAUGAUAUAUUAAAAGAUGUAUUUUGGUAGAUAUGUUAAAAAAAUAACAAAUAAACGAAAA